AAAAAUUGAAACUUUGACAUUUUUUGUUGGGGAAGAGAAGAAAAAGAGCAUGUUUUGUUUCGUCUGAGGUUUCAACCGGAAGUCGUCUUGCUUUCCAUCAAUGGAUGAACGAACACACAGAGGAGAGAACCAACACGGAGGGAAUUAAAAUAAUGAGGGCUGUGAUUUUAAAAAUGAGGGGUUUGCUCUUUGUUUUCUUUUAAUAUGGGGUUGAACGAAUACUCUAAUAAUUUUUUUUACCUCCAACUGCACAUGGCUUCUUGGGCUUCUCCCUCUCCCCUUCUUCCCCCUCCUCUUAGUUGCUUCUCAUCCUCCCAUUAAUUUUAUUUUUUCUUCCCCUCUUCCUCCUUUGUUUGUUUUCUUUUUCCCUUUACUUGUCCUUCCCUCUUCUUAAUUAGUCAUCAGUUUUUCUUUUCUUGGGAAAGUCUCAGAUCUACAGCACAAAAGUUUUUUGGCGUUGUCAAUUUAUCCCCUCCUCUGUUCUCUUCUUGGUGGUUGGCUUUCAAUUCACUUCCAUCUCCCAGAAGGCAUAGAUAAUUGCCCGGCCGAACAAUUCCUGCAGACAUAUGCGGUUUUAAUUUCUAAUCGAAUCCCAUCAACUCCUUCUAGACAUUUAGAUGUUGGAAAGAAUCAUAUGCUGAAGAGAAGUUAGAUAUUAAUUUGCCACCAAGCUUUCACGAUGGUCUGUGAGAUGGAGGAUGAUCCUAUCGAAGACAUGGAAGUGGAAGUCCUCCCUUCUAUGUGGCCUGAGGACAUUGACCCUGGAAAGCAGUUCAACAUCGAGGAGCCUGGUGUUGACCAAGACAUGUUGGAGGAAGUCACAAUCCCUGAAAAGCCAACCUUUCUCGACCUCAAAUGGCUCACAGAAUUGGUUGACUUCACAGACAAGGGGUCAGCCCAGUUAUCCCACCUUGUCAAGCACUGGGAGUAUAAGCAAGCGAACGUGGUUCGGCUCUUGAGGGAAGAGCUCGACAACCUCAGCAGACAGAGGCAUGAGGCUGAGCUAAGGGAGCUAAGAAUCCUCGAGGAGCACCGGUUUGAGGAAGACGCAUUCAAUGGGGACACCAAGAGGCAGAUAUCGGUAUUGGAGGAUAUUUACGAAUUCUGGAAGGAAGUUCCAAGGAGGAAGAAAGAUGUUAUUGUCGAGAAUAAGAGGGUUGAGGUUGAUGCAGAGUAUGAUACUGUUAUGUACUGGAAGCAGCGGGCGAUGAACUUGGAGAAACGGCUGGAAGCAAGCGUUCAGAGGGAGCAGACACUCAUGGAGAAGUUGCAAGAGAGCAUGAAGAACUUGGAUGGACAAUCGGCCCCAGCAGAAGACUUAACUCAGAUCCUGAAACGGGCCGACAACUUCUUGCACUUUAUACUCCAGACUGCUCCAAUAGUCAUCGGACACCAGGACAAGGACUUGCGGUAUCGGUUCAUCUAUAACAACUUCCCAACCUUACACGAAGAGGACAUUAUUGGAAAAACGGACAUGGAGAUUUUUAGUGGGUCUGGUGUGAAGGAAAAUCAAGAAUUCAAGAGGGAAGUUCUUGAGAAAGGAAAGCCUGCUAAGAGGGAAGUUACUUUUGAGACAGAGUUAUUCGGUUUGAAGACGUUUCUAAUCUAUGUGGAACCCGUUUUCAACAAGGCAGGGGAGACAAUUGGAAUCAAUUACGUAGGAAUGGAGGUUACUGAUCAGGUCAAGAAAAGAGAGAAGAUGGCAAAGCUCCGAGAGGAGAUUGCAGUACAGAAGGCCAAGGAAACAGAAUUGAACAAAACAAUCCAUAUAACAGAGGAGACGAUGCGAGCAAAACAAAUGCUAGCAACAAUGUCGCAUGAGAUAAGGUCUCCUCUGUCUGGUGUUGUUAGCAUGGCCGAGAUUCUCUCUACCACUAGACUGGACCGCGAGCAAAGGCAACUGUUAGACGUAAUGCUGUCCUCAGGAGAUUUGGUCCUUCAGCUUAUCAAUGACAUUCUUGACCUUUCGAAGGUUGAGUCAGGACUGAUGAAGUUGGAAGCCACAAAAUUCCGCCCGAGGGAGGUCGUAAAACAUGUUCUCCAAACCGCUGCUGCAUCUUUAAAGAAAAUGUUGACAUUGGAAGGACAUGUCUCAGAUGAUGUCCCUAUCGAGGUCGUUGGUGAUGUCUUGAGAAUUCGACAAAUUCUAACCAAUUUGAUAAGCAACGCGAUCAAAUUCACCCACGAAGGCAAGGUCGGAAUCAAACUCUAUGUGAUUCCGGAACCAUCAUUUGCAAGCCGAGAAGGAGGGCAUCAUGCAAGGACAAACCCGGAGCAAUCUACCGCUCUGGAGAACACCACCUCAAAGGAAGAAAAGAAUUUAUUGAGAUCACACUCGAAUAUCACUGAGGAACAUGAGGAUGAGGAGAAACCUCAAGCACCCCAGACAACAGUGUGGAUCCGUUGUGAUGUUUAUGACACUGGAAUUGGAAUACCAGAGAAUGCUACACCAACUUUGUUCAAGAAGUACAUGCAAGUUAGUGCAGAUCACGCUCGGAAAUAUGGUGGGACUGGAUUGGGACUCGCAAUAUGCAAACAACUGGUUGAGCUGAUGGGAGGUCGUCUCACAGUAUCGAGCAAAGAGCACAUGGGAUCCACAUUUACAUUCUCACUCCCCUACAAAGUCUCACCUGUUUGUGACAAUUCUGACGAUUCCGAUGAGUUGCCAAACGUGGCGGAGGACGACAUAACUGCUGGGUUUUUCCAAUUCCAGCCAAGGGCCUUGGGUUCUCUCUUCUUGAAUGGGCCAGCCCAAGUCCAGAAGCUGCUGCCGGGUAAACUGAAUGGGUUCGUGGAUGAUUCCUACAUGUUCCCUGCUAGUAACAUUGUCAACCUCAGGGAGAUUAGGUCCCCUGAGGAUGCCUGCUCGGUAAACAUUGAUGCUGUAGAGUCAACAUCCGACCCCGAAUGCUCGCAAAGUCAAAGUUCACAUCCUGAUGGUGACGCGGCAAACUGUAAAGGGACAGAUAGUAAACCUCCAUUUGGGAAUUCUAGAAGUCAAAGUUCAAGCUCAGAGAUCGUUUCUCGUAUUGAUUCAGAGGAAAGAGGAUCAAAAGUUGACAAUAGACUUGCAAAUGGGGAGACCUUAAAAGAGAUGCAGAGGCUUGAGAAGCCUGAGACGAGUCCUGAGAGCACAUCGAGUGGGAAAACUGAAAGCUUGAAACCAGAAAUGAUUCCAAGGAUUCUUCUCGUGGAAGAUAACAAGAUCAAUGUCAUGGUGACACAAUCCAUGAUGAAGCAGUUUAAGCAUAAAAUGGACGUCGUGAAUAAUGGGGUCGAAGCCGUUCGUGCAGUUCAACGUUCUAGUUAUGAUCUUAUCUUAAUGGAUGUGUGCAUGCCAGUUAUGGACGGUUUGCAGGCUACGAGAUUGAUCCGUUCUUUUGAGGAAAUGGGGAACUGGGAAGCUGCAACAAAGGCAGGAAUCGAGGAACCAUCUUCUGCAGGCUUAUCACCGAACGAACAUAAAUCUUCAGAACCAAGAAAGCGAAUUCCCAUCAUAGCGAUGACAGCAAACGCAUUGUCAGAGAGUGCAGAUGAAUGUUUCGCCAAUGGGAUGGACUCCUUUGUGUCGAAACCUGUGACUCUCCAAAAAUUGAAACACUGUCUCGAACAAUAUUUACGAUAAAAGUUUCUCGAGUAUAUUUAUCAUGCUUGUCCGCUUGCAUAUAAAUAUGUAUGGUGAUAAUAUGUAGGAAAGUUUUGUUAUCAGUCGGUGUAUGAUAAUAUAGCCUCAACCACCAUUUGCAUGUGUGA